UAGUUCGCUGAAGCCGGCUCCGGGGUCGCGACGGAGGUGGCCCCCCGCUUCACCGCCCCCGAACGGGGAGGAGGAAAGAGCCCUGUCGCCAGGCCGCCGGCGGAUCCCGUGCUCUGGAGCGCGCGGAGGCCCCGGGGUGAUGGUUCUUGUCCUCCAGAGCAGGGAUGGAGGAGCUACCGGCCCAGGAUGCAGCCGAGACUCCGGACAACCGGUCUGAGUAUCUGUCCCGGGAGCCUCAGUUCGCGCAGGACAGCGACAUGGAACAGGGACUCCCUGGGGGAUUUCCAAUUUCCAAGCCUGAUGGGAUCUCCCAGCUGGAGCAAGAUCUUCAGGUCUUUGAUUUGGAAACUAAGAAUAGAGAAGUCUUAACAGAUGACUGCUCAGAUGGAGAGAUCACAGAAGAGAACAAGCUGUUGAUUCCUAAGCAGAACAUUUCGGAAGAAGUACAUUCAUACGAAGUAAGAGUAGGAAGAUUCAAACAGGAUAUUGCCCACGUUCCUGAGACUAGAGAAGUUUAUAAAUCUGAGGACAGACUAGAAAGGCUUCAGGAAAUUCUAAGGAAAUUUCUCUUUCUGGAGAGAGAAUUUAGGCAAAUAACAAUCAGCAAGAAAGCCUUCACGAAUGAGAACAAUGAAUGUAAUGAUCCUGAAAAAAGCUUCGGUCUGGACUCCACCCUUGAUACAGAUCAGAGAGUUCUUAGGAUACAGAAUAUUGAUGAUACUAAAUAUGACAUGAACUUCAACCAGAACUCUGCUGUUGAUAAACAUGAAAAUGUAAAUCAAACACAAAAUUUUCAGAGUAGUGACUAUAAGGAAAGCUUAAUGGAUAUUUCCCACCUUAGUAAGUGGGAGAACAUUCCUACUCCUGAGAAAUCUUAUAAAUGUGAUGAAUGUGGGAAAAUCUUCCAUCAGAGUUCAGCUCUUACCAGACAUCAGAGAAUCCAUACUAGGGAGAAGCCCUACAAGUGUAAAGAAUGUGAAAAAUCUUUUAGUCAGAGCUCAAGUCUUAGUAGACAUAAAAGAAUUCAUACUAGAGAAAAACCCUAUAAAUGUGAAGUGUCUGAUAAAUCGUGUGAUGUAUCUGAUAAAUCCUGUACUCAGAGCUCAGAUGUCAUUCAGCAUAAGAAAGUUCACACCAGAGCCAAGUCUUACAAAUGUGGCAGCUGUGAAAGAGUCUUCAGCCGUAGUGUACACCUUACUCAACAUCAGAGAAUUCAUAAAGAGAUGCCCUGUAAAUGUACUGUGUGUGGCAGUGACUUCUGUCAUACUUCGUACCUAAUUGAACAUCAGAGAAUCCAUCAUCAAGAAAAGUCCUCUGAGUAUAAUGAAUCUGGGUUAUCCUAUGUUAAACAUCAAGGAGCUAAUUUCAGAGAAAAGCCGUAUACAUGUAAUGAAUGUGGAAAAGACUUCAGAUUGAAUUCACACCUUAUUCAGCAUCAAAGAAUUCAUGCAAGAGAUAAGCCACAUGAAUGUAAUGAAUGUGGAAAAGCUUUCAGUCAGACCUCAUGCCUUAUUGAGCAUCACAAAAUGCAUAGGAAGGAGAAGCCGUAUGAAUGUAAUGAUUAUGAAGAAAGUUUUAGUUAUAGUUCAGAUCUUGCCCUGCAACAAGAAGUCCUUAACAGAGAAAAAACCUUGAAUUGUGAUGCUUGGGAAGGGAACAUCAGUCGGAGAUCACACCUUGUUCAACAUCAAAGAAUUCACACCAAAGAGAAACCUUACGAUUGUAAUGAACGUGGGAAGACAUUUAAUCAAGUUCAGGCCUCUUUCAACAUCUGAGAGUUCACCCCUAGGAGAAAUCAUGUACGUACUAAAUGUGGUAAAGCCUUUACUUAUAACUUAACUCUUAACUCACAUCAAGGGAAUCACAUGAUGAGUGCAAUGACUGUAGAAAAAGGAUUUGUGUUAAAAUUUUAAUUGCUUCUUGCAAGUCCAUAUACCAGCAAGAACAUUUGAAUGUAUCGAGUGGGGUUAAUUCUUCAUGCUAUUUUCAUAUCUUGGUCACAGUUGGGGAAUUCAUUCUAGAAUAAAGUUCCAUUACUGAAACGAAUAUGUGAAAAUCAUCAGUCAAAAACAAACCAAACCAAAAACAAACCAAAACUCUUGUUUAAUUGGAUUCAUGCCAGCAGAAAACCCAUGAAUAUAAUAAAUUUGUCUGUGUGUGUGAGGAGAUUUAGUCAUAACAGUGAUUCAGCAUCUCAGAAUCUGCCCAAGAGAAGUCAUUCAAAUGUAGUAAAUGUGGCCAGUUCACUAGGACUUCAUCAGGUUUUUAUUAUGGUACAGAAGGUCUGUACCAAAUGAGAAUCUGAUACGAUACAAAUGGAGAAAAUGUCUUUCAAUUUACUAGCAUGCACAUGUUGGAAAGAAAAUUCUUGAUUUUUCUUGAAAAUUCUUGAAAAUUUCUUGAAUUAUUUGUGAAAUUGUUAGAAUUUAAUUCCAAUAUUUUUCACUGCAGAAGAAUUGAAUUUUGAGGGAUGACUUGGUAAAGAACAGCCCCGUUUUCUCAUGGCAUUCUCUGUUCUUAUCAGCCCGGGUACUCACCAAAGCAGACACUUAGGCCUACUCGUCAUCCACAUCACUUAGAUUUCUUUUGAUUAUUUUUUCAUUUUGUCAGGCAUUUUCAAAUGGUGAUUUUCCAGUUUGAAGCUUUUUAUUGGCAGACUUGCCAUCCCUACUUGAUGUUGCUGGUCUGGUGUUUUCUUCCCUAAGGCAAAGCAUUUUUUUGUUAAAGGAACUGGAUUUCCACAUCCAGUCCAUCCUUAUGUAUGAAAGAUUUAGUGUCCUUGAGUUUAUGGCUGGCUAAACAUUUAAACUGAGUAUCUGAACCAACAGGAUUGCUUGAGGCUUCUGGAUUCAUUCAGUGCCUAUUCUGCUUGUUCACGUUCAGAGUUUCUUAAUAUGCCUGUAUUGAAGGCCAGCAAAAUGCUCAGGUCUGCUGUUUGGGCAACCGUGAAGAACAUAUAGAGAGAGCUUUGUAAUGGAAUGCAGCCUUCUAAUAAACAUGUUGCUAUGCUCAUGUGAUAUUCCUAGAGAUAAGAGAGUGGUUUGGAUCCCUCCUCUGAUUUCCCUUCUUCAGUCUAGGACAGUAUUUGAAGUAUGGGCUUUGUGUGUAAGGAUCAUAUUUUUAUAUUUUAAUAGGAUCUAUAGUCCAUAUAAAAUAACAUGGCUUUUUUGAUCCAUAAAAGUGGUCAUGGAUGUUAGCUGCAGUUUAGAUCACUUUUGUAUUCCUAAAACGUUCAUAAUUCUUUAGGUGUUGUCAAAGCAUUUUAUUACACUCUUAUUUUUCCACCUUAAGCUUCAUAGCAUUUUGUGAAUAAGGCAAGUGUUAAUUAAAACUCUAGUUGUCAAUCCAGCAACUGAGGUUUUCAUAGUUUGGGUGUUAAUAUUUACUAGGGAUCCUCAACAAAUACAUAAAAAUCUAUUGCUUAUGAGCUGUAAGCCUCUUGUGACUAACCUAGCAUAGUUUUGCCACUGUAUUUUAACUUUUUCUAUCAGCAAGUAUAGGAUCCUAAUAAGGACAAGGGAUGGUUCUUAAUGAAAUUGAUCUAGAAAAUGAAAAAUGCAUGAUUUUUUUCCUGUUGAAUAUGUAUAUCUUAUAGACAUCAAUAGUCACCUCUGAUGACUAUGAAACAGGAUUAAUUAAUCACCAAAUAAAUACUACAAUAUGUAAAAAUCA